AUGGCCAUGCCGCCCAACCACCAAACCCCCAUCCGAAUCGGCAAUGUUUCCGGCGCCACAGGCGACCACCCGCACGCGAUGUCGCGCAUGCUCCGGUCCGGAACUGUUGACGUGAUCACAGGCGACUGGCUCUCGGAGAUGAACAUUGCGUGGAACGCGAUCGAAAAGGAAGAGGUCGAUGCCGGGCUAGGGUACGAGAACGGGUUCUUCGAGCAACUGGACGAACGCUUGGACGAGGUCAUGCAGAGAGGCGUGAAAGUUGUUACGAAUGCGGGGGCUUUGAAUACAGCCGCGCUAUUCGAAAAGGUCAAAGACCUAUGCGAGAGGCGGGGUUACGGCGAUUGUGUGGUGGCGAUGGUUUUGGGGGAUGAUCUGUCGGAAUUGGUCAAGGGUGAGAAAGGGAGGGAGAAAAUUGUCCACUUGGACGAUUCGGAUAUGACGCUGGAGAAAUGGGAGUUUGAACCGUGCUGCGCGACGGUGUAUAUAGGGUGCUGGGGCAUCGUGGAGGCGCUGAGGUCUGGGGCUCAGAUUGUCAUCUGUGGGAGAUGUACCGAUGCUUCGCCGGUCAUGGGCGCUGCGGCGUGGUGGCACGGUUGGGGCGAGGAACAGUAUGCCGAGCUGGCUGGAUCGCUAGUCGCCGCGCAUCUGAUCGAAUGCGGGCCGUAUGUUGUCGGCGCGAACUUCUCGGGCUUCAAGAAUUUCAUGCCGGAGCUUGUUGAUCUGGGGUUUCCGGUGGCCGAGAUUGAUGCGUCCGGAUGCUGUGUGAUUGGGAAAACAAACGAAGGAGGGGGGCAUGUGACGAAGGAGACGGUGACUGCGCAGCUACUGUAUGAGCUGCAGGGUCAUUUGUACUUGAACCCAGACGUCGUGGCGGACUUGUCGGAUGUCACCAUUGAGCAGCAGCUGGGGGAGGUAGACCGAGUGAGGGUGCAAGGUGUAAAAGGUCUGCCACGACCAUCUACCACCAAAGUCAUGGUCGCAGCAAAGGGAGGCUUCCAGGCCGAGGCGACGUUCUAUAUCAACGGGCUAGACGUGGAGGAGAAAGCCGCAAUGAUGAAAGUACAGUUGGCGCAUAUUUUCCGAGACAGCAACUUCAGCAAAAUCAACAUUGAGCUGCUUGGUACUGCAGCAUCAAAUCCUCAAUCGCAACAGUCCGGUACUGUCUCGCUGAGGGUGUUUGCGCAGGCCCGGCGAAAAGAAGACAUCGACGAGAAGAGAUUCAAAGUACCCAUCUACGCAUUGAGAAUGCAGAGUUACCCUGGCUAUCACAUGAACCUCGAUUUCCGAACUAUGUCGCCUAGGCCGUUCAUGGAGAUGUUCCCCGGGUUGAUUCCCAUUGCCGACAUCGAUCACCGUGUGCAGAUGAGCACGGGGAAGGUCUUGCAUAUUGAUACCCCGAAGAGUGGUGUUUCCACCUACCCUGUCGCACGGCCGUCCUCCGAUACUGCUCAUCCCGCUGACCUCCUUGCCUUUGGGCCAACCGAGCUUGCGCCUUUGGGGAGUAUCGUCCAUGCCCGAUCGGGCGACAAAGGUGACAACUCCAACAUUGGAUUCUUUGUCCGUCACGAGGACGAGUAUAACUGGCUCCGUUCAGCAUUGAGUGUUCCCAGAUUGAAACAGUUGUUAGGUGAUGAUUGGUUUAGAGGUGAUCCUCAGCGUCGAGUUGAGCGAGUGGAGUUUCCGAAGAUUCUUGCACCGAAUACUCAACAAUUUGGAUGGCGGCAUCGCAUCCUCGGGCAGGAUUGA